UUGCUGUACACCUGAAACUAACACAACAUUGUAAAUCAACUAUGCUCCAAUAAAAAGAAAAAAAAGAAAUACAAUGUAUAAUCUGAUGAAUUCUAAAAUUGUAUUGCAGCCCAGAUCUCUCCUUGAAUUCCAACUGCUUCUGCAGUAUGUCCAACUGUAUUUCUAAAAGAUAUUUCAAAAUUGACAUGACUAUAAUAGAACUCUUAAUUUUCUAACCAGGUCUCUCCUCAGUUAAGCUAUCCACAUUUACUAGGUCACUUAAGUCUCAACUUUAGGCAUCGGUCUUGAUCACUCUCUUGUCAUUACUAGAAAUGCCAACUCUCACCCAUUCUCUUAUUCAUUUGCAAGUUCUUUGGCUGUACCUCAAAAAUAUAUUUGGUAUCCAUACAUUUCCCCCAUUUACACUACUGUUUUAGUCAAGAUCACCAUCAUUUCUUGCUUAGACCAUAUUGCAGCAGACCCUUACUAUCCUCCUUGUCUCCCGUUUCUCAUCCCCUCAGCCAACAUGAUAAGCUUCCUAGAGCAGCCUGAGUUAUCUUUAAAAACAAAACAAAACAUUGUAUCAUACCUUUGCUUAAAACCUCUACUUUAAAUUGCACUUAAGAUACAAUAACAACUCCCAUACUCUAGCCUUCAAAGUAAUAUAUGAUCUGACCCUUGCCUGUUUCCCCAAGUUUUCUUGAAUCACUGUAUUUCUUGCCCUGUGUCCUAGCAACUCAGGCUUUCUUAUGUUUUUCAGUGUGUUAGAGUGAAAGCUCUCCAUAAAGGCAGGGAUUUUUAUGUGUUGUGUUUUUCCUUUUGUCUAUAAUGUUAAUUGACAAAUCUCAAAGCACCUAGGACAGUGCCUGGCAUAUCACAAGCAUUCAAUGAAUAUUUAUUCUAUGGAAGAAUGAAUGAAUAGGUGCAUGCUUUUUUCUUUUUUUUUUCCCCUCAUGCCUUUACAUCUGCUGGUCUCAGACUGGAAUGUUCUCCAAGAUCUUAGCACAGUGGACUUUUUUCAUCAAUCAAGUCUCAGCUCAAAUGUUAGCAUCUUAGAAAGGAUUUCUUUGACACCUUUAUUUAAAUUGCCAGCAUUCUCCUCCCCUUUGUAUUUUCCUGCUUUGUUUUCUUCGUAGCACUUAUCAUUACCUGAAAUCAUCUCAUUUAUUGAUCAAUUUUCUUCUGUUGCCUCCACUAGAACGUAAGCUCCAUGAGAGCAGGGGCUUUGUUUUGGCUCCCCAUUCCAUCCUCAUUGUUUAGAACAGUGACUGGUAGACAGUACAUAUUCAGUACUUGUAUACUGAAGGGAGAGAAUUCUACUGUGUGCAAAUUUAAUAAUUAAUUGAAACAUUUAUAUAAAAGGCAGAUUCCUGAGGCUCAUUCCAAACCUUCUGAGUAACAAAAUCUCUGGGGUGGUGUCUACCUGUAACAUUUGUGCACUCUAAAGUUUUAGCUCUAGGGAAUUCCCUGGCGGUCCAGUGGUUAGGACUCUACGCUUUCAGCCCUUCCACUGCAGGGGACACACGGGUUCAGUCCCUGGUGGGGGAACUAAGAUCCUGCGUAGCUGCGUGGCCAAUAAAGUUUUAGACAAUUUCUCCAAGUCCAUGAGGCCAACUUGGGUCCUCCAGUCCAGACAGCCCCAUUCCUCAUGGCAAUUUCCCCUUUUGUGUUCCUUGCGGACAUUUCUGGUCAGCAGACUUCAGCUGUGAUGAUCCCAGUCCUUCAGAGAGGAUGUAAUAAUGUUAAAUCUCAAAAAGGGGGAAAUUCUCUCUAGGGGCCGUGGACCUGUCCAUUCUGGCCUUGUCUACUCACAGCACCAAAAGAGAACAUUCCAGUGACUCUCUUAACUAAUAUCAUCUUUCCUAAGGCAACUGACUUUCAUGUGUCUUUAUAUCCAGCUAAGAGUGAAUAGCAUCUCUUACUAUAAAUGUUAAGGUCUGCCUCAUCAGACCCCAAGUGUGCUUUCAAUUAAAUUCAGCAAGUGUUUACUGACAGCCUGCACAGGAGUCUAUGGUGGAACAAGGCAUGGGUUAAUCAUCAAGUUGCUUACAAGGUAGUCAACAGUCCUGAAAUUCCAAAAGCAAUGUUUUCCCAAAAUUUCCCAAAUUUUGUUUCCAGUUUUUAAAAUAAACAGUAAAGAGGAUAUUGUUGAAUGAAUUUUACAUCCUCCACUAGCCCACCGCCCCGUGUUUUCUAUUCUUAGGUCUUUUGCUUAGUGGUACUUUCUUGGUUAGCCAAUAGUUCAGCAAUUUUGUAUAUUUUAUCGUCAUUGACACUUUUAUCCGUUUAAGAUCUAGCGUGCUAAGUAUUUUACACGUAAAUCCCACUUAAUCUUCAAAACAACGUAGCAAGUUAGAUGUCAUGGACAGGAUUACGGCUCCCUGAAGGUCCAAAGGCUCAAGGUCUCUUCAAGAUCUAGUUGCCAUUAGUGUUAGGGGCGGGGAACUGCAGCUGGCGUCUUGCUGCAAAGCCGGAGCUCAUUUCUCUGCACUGGGCUGCUGUGAGAAGGCAAUUUUAAGGGAUGGUACGAUGUGGAAGCCUGAGGUUAAGAAAAGAGUGAGUUAAGCCCUUGGUUAACCAGGGUUGAAUAACAUCUUCAUGUUUGUGAAAAUCACUUCCUUUCAGCAUGGUAAAGGGGAGAGGAGAGACGCAGUGCCGCACUCCGGGCUUCUGCCGGGCUGAGGUCAGACGCCGGGGCCGGCUCCCAGGCGCAGGGCUUCCGUGCGUGGCGUGGGCUCUGCUGGGCGCUCCGCAAGCCGGCCCGCUGCCGGGGCCCGAGCCGCCUCCAAGCCCACGCGCCCUCGGCCCGCCGCGUCCCGGGGCGCAGCUCUCAGGACGCAAGCCCUCGGGGGGCGUGCAGCACCCGACGAGCAGCUCCUCCUCCCCACCUUGGGCACCGAGGCUGGAAGGCUCCCCACCUGGGCCGCAGCCGCCAGUCCUUUCGAGCGGUCUUGACCCUGAAACCGAAGAGUCGGCUUCUCUGAUUGGCUUAGAGCACAAACGCAGGCGAGCGGUGCCUGAGACCCGCUCUUUGAUUGGACUUUAAACGAACAGCAGAGCACGAAAUAAAGAGGCCUUCCGUCAUUGGGCCACUGUGUGAAUCUCCUUUUAGCUUCUCCGCUGACUGAACAAGCGUCUCAGGAUCUUCGUCAUGAGUCUUAAAUCUGGGCCUGUCAGUUCGCCCCAGCGUUACUCCUCUCUAGGCGAGGCAUGGAGUUUACAGAGUUCAACCAAUCACAUAACGCCGAGAUCAGGUUGUCAGGCAGGUUAUGCUAAUGAGGCCCCGCCUUUUAUGCAGCUCCCACUCUGCGGCGGGAAGAACCACCUGGAGGUGGCGGGGGGGGUUUGAUUUCCAUCACCCCUAGGGAGAGAGGAUCGGGGACCCGCUGAUCUUCCAGCUCCCCUCACCCAACAUCGUGCACGUUGCAGAGAGGCCUUUUUGUCCUUGAUGAACACUCGCGGGGUAGGCAGAUGACUGUCCUUCACCCCGAGCUGCUCUAGGUGCCCAGGACGCUGUCCAGCAAGGAAAGGAUGGAUUCCAAAGAUGAAAGCUCACACGUGUGGCCUCCGGCUGCAGAGCAUGAGGAGAAUGCCACACAGGUGCAUUUUGUUCCAGACACUGGAACUGUGGCCCAGAUUGUCUACACCGAUGACCAGGUCCGUCCACCACAGCAGGUGGUGUACACGGCAGAUGGUUCCUCUUACGCGUCAGUGGAGGGUCCGGAGCACACGCUGGUCUACAUCCAUCCCGUGGAAGCUGCGCAGACGCUGUUUACAGACCCAGGCCAGGUAGCUUAUGUCCAACAGGAUGCUACAGCUCAACAGAUGCUGAAAAAGUUUACAUUCUCACCAACAGUGUAUGAGAUCGCCCAUUUCCACACGCCCUUGCCACAUUGGGCCUCGUUGCCGGUGCACAACCAGGUGUUGCCUUCAAUUGAGGGCGUGGAUGGCUCGGACCCUUUGGCGACCCUGCAGAACCCCAUGGCCAGGCUGGAGGCCAAGGAGGAGGAGGACGAGGAGGAGGAGGAGGAUUCUGAGGAGGAGGACGAGGAAGACGGCGAAGACACAGACCUGGACGACUGGGAGCCUGACCCCCCUCGGCCCUUCGACCCACACGACUUGUGGUGCGAGGAGUGUAAUAACGCACACUCUUCCGUGUGCCCGAAGCAUGGCCCCCUGCAUCCGAUCCCCAACCGGCCGGUGCUGACUCGGGCGCGGGCCAGCCUCCCCCUGGUGCUGUACAUCGACAGGUUCCUGGGCGGUGUGUUCUCCAAAAGGCGUAUCCCCAAGCGCACCCAGUUCGGCCCCGUGGAGGGGCCGCUGGUCAGGGAGUCGGAACUGAAGGACUGUUACAUCCACCUCAAGGUUUCUCUGGAUAAAGGUGACAGAAAAGACAGGGAUUUGCACGAAGACCUGUGGUUUGAGUUGUCUGACGAGACCCUCUGUAACUGGAUGAUGUUUGUACGCCCGGCCCAGAAUCACCUGGAGCAGAACCUGGUGGCUUAUCAGUACGGCCACCACGUGUACUACACAACGAUCAAGAACGUGGAGCCCAAGCAAGAGCUUAAGGUGUGGUAUGCUGCUUCCUAUGCUGAGUUUGUGAACCGGAAGAUUCAUGACAUUUCCGAGGAAGAAAGGAAAGUUCUUCGAGAGCAAGAGAAGAAUUGGCCCUGCUACGAAUGUAACCGCCGAUUUGUAAGCUCAGAGCAGCUGCAACAGCAUCUCAACUCGCAUGAUGAGAAACUGGAUGUGUUUAGCAGAACAAGAGGCAGAGGAAGGGGGCGAGGCAAGAGGCGGUUUGGCCCGGGUCGACGGCCGGGACGCCCUCCCAAAUUUAUCCGCUUGGAAAUAACCAGUGAAAAUGGGGAGAAGUGUGAUGAUGGGACACAGGACUUGCUGCACUUUCCCACCAAGGAGCAGUUCGAUGAGGCUGAACCUGCAACUCUGAAUGGCCUGGACCAGCCGGAGCAGCCCGCGCUCGCAGUCGCUCAGCUGCCGCCGGAAGCCCAGUCUUCUCUGGAGCACGAGACGGAAACGCACGAGCUGCACCUGCAGCCCCAGCACGAGGAGAGCGCGCUGCCCGCGCAGAGCACCCUGACUGCCGACGACAUGCGCAGGGCCAAGCGCAUCCGGAAUGCAGCUCUUCAGCAUCUGUUUAUUCGGAAGUCCUUCCGGCCUUUUAAAUGUUUGCAGUGUGGGAAGGCCUUCCGUGAAAAGGACAAACUGGACCAACACUUGCGCUUCCAUGGGCGGGAGGGGAGCUGCCCGUUGACCUGUGACCUCUGUAACAAGGGCUUCAUCAGCAGUGCGUCCUUGGAGAGCCACAUGAAGCUCCACUCGGACCAGAAGACUUACUCUUGCAUUUUUUGCCCAGAAUCCUUUGACCGCCUUGAUUUGUUGAAAGAUCACGUGGCCAUUCAUAUCAGUGAUGGCUACUUCACCUGCCCAACUUGUAAGAAACGGUUCCCAGAUUUUAUCCAGGUGAAAAAACACGUGCGAAGCUUCCACUCGGAAAAGAUCUACCAGUGUACGGAGUGCGACAAGGCCUUCUGCCGCCCCGACAAGCUGCGGCUGCAUAUGCUCCGGCACUCAGACCGUAAGGACUUCCUGUGUUCUACGUGUGGGAAGCAGUUUAAGCGAAAAGACAAACUACGGGAACACAUGCAGAGGAUGCACAACCCUGAGAGGGAGGCCAAGAAAGCCGACCGCAUCAGCCGCUCCAAGACGUUCAAGCCGCGCAUCACGUCCACCGACUACGACAGCUUCACGUUCAAGUGCCGCCUGUGCAUGAUGGGCUUCCGGAGACGAGGCAUGCUGGUAAAUCACUUAUCAAAGAGGCACCCAGACAUGAAGAUAGAAGAGGUGCCAGAGUUAACUCUACCCAUCAUAAAGCCCAACCGUGACUACUUUUGUCAGUAUUGUGAUAAGGUUUAUAAAAGUGCCAGCAAGCGAAAAGCCCAUAUUCUGAAGAACCAUCCUGGGGCUGAGCUCCCACCAAGCAUUCGGAAACUUCGUCCUGCUGGCCCUGGAGAACCAGACCCCAUGCUGAGCACCCACACCCAGCUCACAGGCACUAUAGCUACCCCGCCCGUGUGCUGCCCUCACUGCUCCAAACAGUACAGCAGCAAGACCAAGAUGGUACAGCACAUUCGAAAGAAGCAUCCAGAGUACGCCCAGCUCCCCAACACCAUACACACACCUCUGACAACAGCCGUGAUCAGUGCGGCUCCAGCUGUUCUAACUACAGACAGUGCUACCGGAGAGACUGUGGUGACAACAGACUUGCUAACCCAGGCUAUGACGGAACUGUCCCAGACCUUAACGACGGAUUACCGAACGCCGCAAGGGGACUACCAGAGAAUCCAGUACAUUCCUGUGUCGCAGUCUACAUCUGGUCUACAGCAGCCUCAGCACAUACAGCUUCAAGUGGUGCAGGUGGCCCCGGCCACUUCCCCUCACCAGUCUCAGCAGUCCACGGUGGACGUCGCCCAGCUCCACGACCCUCAGACCUACACGCAGCACGCCAUCCAGGUGCAACACAUCCAGGUCACGGAGCCCCCCGCCCCGGCCGCGCCCGCCUCCCAGGUGGCAGGGCAGCCGCUGAGCCCCUCCCCGCAGCAGUCUCAGCAGGGGCUCAGCCCCUCCCAGGUUGCAGGCAGCUCCUCGCAGGGCCAGGCCCUCCAGCAGCAGCCCCAGAGCACCACGGUCCAGCACACGUACCUCCCCAAUGCCUGGAAUUCCUUCCGCGGCUACUCAUCGGAGAUUCAGAUGAUGACGCUCCCCCCCGGUCAGUUUGUGAUUACAGACAGUGGCGUGGCAACUCCGGUCACCACUGGCCAAGUGAAGGCGGUGACUCCAGGUCAUUAUGUGCUAUCAGAAAGUCAAUCAGAAUUGGAGGAAAAGCAAGCUUCUGCUCUCACUGGUGGAGUCCAGGUUCAGCCAACUGCGCAUGGUGACUUGGACCCCCAGACCACCAGCCAACAGCCCACCCAGUACAUCAUUACAACCACCACCAACGGGAAUGGGAGCAGCGAAGUGCACAUCACUAAACCUUAACUUCCAUCCUUGAGCCAGAAUCAAACAGUCACAUCAUGUCUUUUCUUAUUCAUACGUCUGGAACGUCUGGAAGCUUCUGACACUUAGAACUCUUUUUUAAGAUUUAUCACUCAAGAGUUUGGAAAUCACAGUUUUGACGCUUAUACAUACACUGGGGCUUAUUUUAUCAAGGUCAUCUUUACCAAAUGGACUCUUCAAACCCUAGGAGUUUCUGCCACGGAAUGGAGAUCUUUCAGGGGAAAGUAGAUUUCAAGACAGAGAAACCUUGCCUUGCUCUUGAGUUGGUUUUUUAACACAUAGAUAAGCCUUACUUUUCCUUUGUGGAAAUAUUAAGCAGUGUAUUGUGUUUGUACCAAAGGUGGAUAAAGGAUGUGCCAAGUCCAUGGCCACUGGACUUGUUGAUUCCAAGCCAUGGCACCAAAGGCAAAGGGGCAUUUUAUGGGCGCGUAUUAGGUCGGAACUGCUUCAUCUUGAGAGUUUGCAUUCUCAGUAACUUAACAAAGGAAGCCCAUUGAAUAUGAAAAUGAAAAUGAUGAAGCAAAGGUUUCAUCAGUGAUGAUCUGAAGGAAAAACUGUUACCUAAAUUUUUCUUAUUGCUGAUUUUUAAAAAACUUGCCUUUUUUGGAAAACCGUUGUUGGGCUAUUGGUAGUGCUUUCCACAGACCCUGGCCCUCAGUGGACUAGGCCAGAACCUCAUGUUCUGAUAGGUCUUACUUUAUUACUCCACAACUGUGGACUCCCUGUACAAGAAAAGGAUGCUUGGUGUCAACAGAAUUUAGACUCCCAGGUUACAGGUUGGCCUCCCAUUCUCUGGUUGUACUUGUAUGAAGAAGGAGAUAUUGGAGAUGACAGUACCAAGAAAAAUUAUUGAUACUAAAACAACUAUAUAGAGCGUAAAAAGCACUGAGACCUUGUCCUGCCUUUCAGGAUCCAUUUACCACUCAUUGGUAAAGGGUGAAUCCUUGCUCGUACUAGGUGUACCUGCAACCCUUGCUCACAGCAUGCAGUGUAUUUUAGUACUUCCAAUUCUGUCUUAGAAUGAACAUUCUUUCAGGUUGGAUGCAAAGGUGGUCCUCCUUAUUUCUUAACACUUUCAACUUUAAAUAUAUUGCAAUUCAUCUGGACAUUUUGGUAAGAUGACCAACUUCACACCUAGGAGAAAAAUAAAAAUGUGGGGACCAUUUAUAAUAUGUUAGAGUAAUUAUAAGGAAUCUGGAAGGAAUCCAAUCUUAAUAUUACAUUGUCAGUUGGGAGAGGGAGAAAAACUGCCUCAGUGAUAGUUUUUCUUAUCAUUGUUCCUGUUUGGGAGUCUUAUUAGCUGUGAAUUCAAUGGGGAAAAUAUUUCCCUUCUUUUUACUGUACAUUCCAGUUGUGCACAUAAAACACUGCAGAAAUCAGUAUGUAGUUUAACAACUUUUUGUGACAUACUAAUACAUUUUUAGAAUAAUUAUGGCAUGGUAGAAUUUAUCAUUCCAGAACAGAAAGACCUACCUUCAGUUUCAAAUGAAGUUAAAUAAUUUUUUUAUUGACAUUUCUGGGUAAAAACUGGUUCUAUAAAUUAAGAAGUAUAGUAGCUUCUUUAUGGUAAAGAUACCUUUUUGAAAAGUAAACAAUUCUGUGAAGUAACUUUACUAAUACGUAGACUUUGCACUUUAUUAUUGAGACCUCAUUCAUUUAGUUAUCCCUGACAAUUUAGGCACUAAGAGAACUUGAGAGUUACUUGCUAAUUGUGUAGAAAAUGAAAAUGGACUCUAUAUCUUUGGUAACAGAGGUAAUGCUGAUGUUUUCAAUAGAAAAUAUUGACUCUGUGUCACAAUAUAGAGAUUUUUGAGUCCCAAAGUCCUACAAUGUGAUGAUUAUAAAUAUCCUAGUGUCCAGUCUAGAGAGACUUGCUAGGUAAAACAUAUUAGACUUUCCCAAAGGUCCAGUUUAGUUUUUAUAACUUAAAUUUGGUCCUGUUGGUUCCUUUUUAAUUUGAACCAGCAAGGUAUUCCUCCCUCCCCUCAGGAAUAACUUACUGAUUAAAAUGGAAAACUAUCACUGAAUGGAAUGUUCAUUUUAUGCCAGUUAUUUCAAGUUUUAAAAUACACAGAAGAGAAAAAGUAUUGCGGAAGGACCUCUGUUUCUUUCCCAUCUAAGUUCUUUUUUUUCCCUUUUGUUUUUUUGUCCUUAUGUGGAAUAAGUAAAGACUCUAAAACUAAUUUGUAUAUUAUCCACCAGAGAUGCAGGUGUGGCAGUCAAGCCAAACAACAUUGCUUUAAGAUCAGGUAUUCUGUAUAUUUAUUCUAAGAUAAUGGCUUUUCAAAAGGACUUGGAUUUGAAGAGAUGGCAGAUUAUAAGCCAUCUGAAGACCCAAUUUGGAAAAAAUGUCUGUAGCCAAUGUUUAUACUGUGGCCUCGCCUAAGACACACUGGCACUGUAGACUUGGAUCAGUGCAGUGUGAGCAUUUUGGAGUAGGUUACAUAGAGAUUUUACAUUUUUACUGUUUCAUUUGUGCCCACAUAAACGGAGAUUUCAUCAUGUAAAAUUCCUGUUAUUCCGGAGAAACCUAUUGUUUUGAUCUUCUGGAAUUGUUUUCUGAUUUGGAAUUAUCCUUUCAAAAAACUCUUAAGAUAUGUAGGGCUAAAAAGCACUUCAUGAGAUGCUGAAGCUGACCCACAGGUUGAAAAUGUUGACCUUAUCCUGUUAUUUAAAUGUGAACAUUUACUGUACAUUCAGUGAGUUAUAGUGUUAAUAGUCUUGUGCUACU